AUGGCCAAUGUCGCAUCCUCUGCCUUGAGACAGGCUUCGCGCCUUGGUCUCAAGCAGUCAUUGACGUCACUGCCGCUGCGUGCAACCAAGCAUGCCUCGAGGGUAGCUGCCACAGCUGCAAGCCAAGCUUCUCGAAGAGGUUACGUAUCAGAGACGAAACGAGAUAAUGCGCAAGUCAGCGUCGACACCGCCAUCAGGUUAGACAAGAAGGACUUCAUAAACGAGAAGGGCGAGCUGGUUAUGCCGGGCCCCGGAAGUCCCGCGAAUAACAGUCCCAUGGCCGACGUAUUGAAGGAGGCCACCAUGCUGGAGGAGGGCCAACGACCGAUAUAUCUCGACAUGCAAGCCACGACUCCGGUUGACCCGAGGGUCUUGGACGCCAUGUUACCCUUCUUCGUGAACGUAUACGGCAAUCCCCACUCGCGGACGCAUGCGUAUGGGUGGGAAACCGAAAAGUCGGUUGAAGAAGCCCGAGGGCACAUCGCGAGUCUCAUCGGCGCAGAUCCCAAAGAGAUCAUAUUCACGAGCGGCGCGACCGAGAGCAACAACAUGAGUCUCAAAGGUGUUGCCAGGUUUUUCGGGCGAUCGGGCAAGAAGAAGCACAUUGUCACGAGCCAGACCGAGCACAAGUGCGUUCUUGACAGCUGUCGACAUCUUCAAGACGAAGGCUUCGAGGUCACAUACCUACCAGUCCAGAACAACGGCCUAGUAAACAUGCAAGACCUCGAGGCUGCUAUCAGACAAGAUACAGCCAUCGUCAGCAUCAUGACAGUGAACAACGAAAUUGGUGUCAUUCAGCCGAUGGAAGAGAUUGGCAAACUUUGCCGUCAAAAGAAGGUGUUCUUCCACACCGAUGCUGCGCAGGCAGUUGGCAAAAUACCACUCGACGUCAAUGCAAUGAACAUUGACCUGAUGUCCAUCUCAUCACAUAAGAUUUAUGGACCCAAAGGCAUCGGUGCCUGCUACGUUCGCAGGCGCCCAAGAGUCAGACUCGACCCCAUUAUCAGCGGUGGCGGUCAAGAACGAGGUCUGAGAAGUGGCACUCUGGCUCCGCCGCUGGUUGUGGGCUUCGGCGAAGCCUGCCGCAUUGCCAAGGAAGAAAUGCAGUAUGACACCAAGCGCAUCAAGAUGCUAUCCGAUCGGUUAAUGAAGGGGCUUUUGUCUCUGGAGCACACCACCCAGAACGGCGCUCCCGAUAGGUUCUACCCCGGCUGCGUAAAUGUCUCGUUUGCAUACGUCGAGGGCGAAUCACUUCUCAUGGCUCUGAAGGACAUUGCAUUGUCGUCCGGCAGUGCAUGCACCUCUGCGUCGCUGGAGCCGAGCUACGUGCUGAGAGCGUUAGGCAACAGCGACGAAAGCGCACACAGCAGUAUCCGAUUCGGCAUCGGCCGGUUCACGACAGAGGAAGAGAUUGACUACGUCCUCAAGGCUGUACAAGAACGAGUCACCUUCCUCAGAGAGCUGAGUCCUUUGUGGGAACUCGUGCAGGAAGGGAUCGACCUAAACACCAUCGAGUGGAGCCAGCACUAA